AGGUAAAGCAAAAGUUUGUCAAGCUAAUGUGGUUAUAGUCGGUUAACCAAAAACUAAUCAUAGAAAUCAUGAUUUUGCUAACCACACCCAACCCACUAUUCACAAAUUGUGAGUGUGGUUAAUCACAUAAUCCGCAAACCAAAAACCAAACUUUCAUCCCUAAUUUCUUCAUCCAACAUCUAGGAACGCCCUUUUCCCUCAAUAAUGUCUCUCACUAACCCUCUCUCUAACAUGCCUUCUCUCGAGCCUCUCUUUCAAGCUCAAUACCCUAGAGCCUCCACAGCUGCCAUCUAUGGAGCCUUCAAUAUCCCCAUUGCAACACCCUGCAGAUCAAUUAAGAGGGCUUCAGAAGAUCACAGUGGAGUUAAGGAGGAGAUACGCAACAUUGAAGAGGAGUUUUCGCAACCUAAGCUCAAGACCAAUGGGAGGAGGAGUAGCAAAGGGGAAGAGAUCAGAAGAGCCACCAACCCGCCGCCUAAACCACCCGAGAAGAAGUCAAUCAACAAGCAGUGGAGUAAAUCUACAACUGAUAAAGGAGAUUUCGGCAUUAAAGGUUGGAAGGAAAGGGAAGCAAAAAUUAAUGGCAACCCCCCUGCUAUAUCUCUCUGGCUCAGAGCAACAAGAGGAAUUUACUGCCACAGAGCACCUGAGGCAGGGGGGAGGAUACUACCCGGCAAUGAUUAGAUCUGAUGGUCACCUACCACUGAAGCAAAAGUCAGCAGGGAUGAACCAAGCAGGAAUUAACUACACUGACCAAUUCUAGAAGCCACGAUCUACAAGGAAGGUUCAGGGUGAAAGAAAGCUCAUCAAUAGAAGGUGUAGCCCGGCUGAUAGCUUCUACCAUAAAUGGCUAUUUCAAGGUAAACCAGCAAAGAGGAGUAACGGUGUGGGACAAUGGAGAUGGCAAUCAAUGCAAAGCGCAUUA